GCUACCGUUCCUCUGAGUCACCUUAUCAAUGCCUUUCAUUCACCAAAAAGCUCCACCACAGCUGCCAGCACAGCAUCUGCACAGCCUGUCCAGAGGGACACCUCCCCAGAGCAUGAUCCUCAGAAGAGUGAGUCUGUACUUAAUUUGCGAGAUUUGGGAUUGUCUGAUUUGAAAGCUGGCCACUUCAAAGAGCUGGUGAGCAGGUUGCUUCCUGGCUACUGUGCAGAAAACAAAGUCUCUUCACAGUGGCAUACGUCGUACAUCUCUGCUGAGUCCUUUUUUGAAAAUAAGCAUGGUUUCGUGGAUGUUUUCAGCGCUUUACGCUCAUCUUGUUUGUACAGACAGCAUCCUAAUCCCCUACAACAUUUCUGUUCAGAUGUCCGGUCUUGGCCAGUUUACGUACAAUCACGAAACUUUAAAACUUUGAGAUCAAGAGCAAGACGUCUGCAGUCUACAUCUGAACAAUUCACAGAAACAAGAAAUACACUUUCUUCACUUUUGAAGGGUUUUAUCCUGAGAAAGCGAAGAAUUGAUGUUGAAAACUUAGAUACGCUAAUGAAAACAAAAAACAUCCCUGAGGCACACCAGGAGGCUUUCAAAACUGGUUUUGCAGAAGGCUUUUUGAAAGCACAGGUAUUCCUGCAAAAAACACUUGAUUCUUUAAGAAGAUCACGUUUGCUUUCUUUCUUCCUCUUCGUUCUUUGUUUUUAUCUUGCUAUAUAUUCAUCAUUUUUACCUGGGAAAGGUUCCUUUUCUGAUGCUGUACGCUUUCGAACAUCGAGUAUCUUUGAUGCAGCAGUUGAUCCAAUCCAGCUGAAAAAUGUCACCUUCGAACAUGUAAAAGGGGUUGAAGAAGCUAAACAGGAAUUGCAAGAAGUUGUGGAAUUUCUGAAAAACCCACACAAAUUUACUGUGCUGGGAGGUAAACUUCCAAAAGGUAUUCUCUUAGUUGGGCCACCUGGCACUGGUAAAACUCUUCUUGCACGGGCUGUAGCUGGUGAGGCUGAUGUUCCGUUUUAUUAUGCAUCUGGAUCAGAAUUCGAUGAGAUGUUUGUUGGUGUAGGAGCUAGUCGCAUCCGAAGCCUAUUCCGGGAAGCAAAAGCAAAUGCACCGUGUGUUAUAUUUAUUGAUGAGUUGGACUCUGUUGGUGGGAAGAGAAUCGAAUCUCCAAUGCAUCCCUAUUCGAGACAGACUAUUAAUCAACUUCUUGCUGAAAUGGAUGGCUUUAAACCUAAUGAAGGUGUGGUUAUUAUUGGUGCAACAAAUUUCCCUGAAGCAUUAGAUAAUGCUUUAAUACGUCCUGGUCGCUUUGAUAUGCAAGUUACUGUUCCCAAGCCUGAUGUAAGAGGUCGUACGGAAAUUCUGAAGUGGUACCUUAAUAAAAUAAAGUAUGAUCCAUCUGUUGAUCCAGAAAUAAUUGCACGAGGCACAGUAGGAUUUUCUGGAGCAGAGCUUGAGAAUCUUGUAAAUCAAGCUGCCUUAAAGGCAGCUGUCGAUGGAAAAGAUAUGGUAACCAUGAAGGAACUAGAAUUCUCCAAGGACAAAAUCCUAAUGGGACCUGAACGUAGAAGUGUAGAAAUUGAUGAGAAAAACAAAACCAUCACUGCUUAUCAUGAGUCUGGACAUGCUCUCAUUGCAUAUUAUACCAAGGAUGCGAUGCCGAUCAACAAGGCUACAAUCAUGACACGAGGAACGACACUUGGGCAUGUAUCUCUGCUCCCAGAAAAUGACAGAUGGAGUGAAACUAAAUCCCAGUUGCUUGCACAGAUGGAUGUCUGUAUGGGAGGCCGAGUAGCAGAAGAGCUCAUAUUUGGAACUGAUCACAUCACAACAGGUGCUUCCAGUGAUUUUGACAAUGCUACUAAAAUUGCAAAACUGAUGGUGACUAGAUUUGGAAUGAGCGAGAAGCUUGGUGUUAUGACCUAUACUGAUACGGGGAAAGUGAGCCCUGAAACUCAGUCGGCAAUUGAACAGGAAGUAAGAACACUUCUACGGGACUCUUAUGAGCGAGCAAAGAACAUCCUGAAGACUCAUGCAAAAGAACACAAGAAUUUAGCAGAAGCUUUAUUGAAAUAUGAGACUUUGGAUGCCAAAGAAAUCCAAAUUGUUCUAGAGGGAAAGAAACUAGAAAUGAGAUGAUAACUUCUGGGAUACAGUUCCUGAUAAUUUGAAGAAUGUACAUCUCUCAGUGUUUGAAGAAUGUACAUCUAGCAAUGCAGUAGUCUUACGCAGCAUAGUCUUUUUUCCCUUCCUGCUGUGUGUAUGGCAUAGUGACACUUUAUUAUU